AUGGAUAAACCUAAAUACAGGAGGAACUACCUAGCCUGCUUAAACUGUCGCACGCGCAAAGUCAAGUGCGACUUGGGCUCUGCGGACUCUCCGCACGAUCCUCCAUGUGCCCGCUGCAAACGUGAGCGCAAAGAGUGUGUUUUCACGCAGACCAAGCGUGGUGGCUCUCGCAACGUUGUGAUGGGUAAGCUUCGUAAGGCCAACUCAGACCCUAGCAACUCGCUCACUCCGGUUUUGCCGCCGCCAUCGCAUUCUCUCAGGCCGUUGCUAACGUCUCCUGCCGAUUUCCCACGCGAAGAGACCCAGCAAAACACAAGUAACUCCACAAUGGUGUUUCUGGCCCAUAUUGCAGGGAACUUUGCCAAGGCCGACGAACGGGAUCGAAUCGACGCCUAUGAGCGGAUCCAGAACCUGGAAAAACGCGUGGACUCUCCUAGAGAUCCUGGGCUGCUGGACGUGGCCGGUGUUUCUGCUGGUCCAGAUCUUCCGUCUGUCGGGUCGGCCUCAAGCAAUCAGUCGACUUUGGAUAAUUCAGAGCGUUCCAAAGCGGUUUCUGUGUCAUCGGCCGACUCCUUCACGGCUGAACACGACACUUCGGGCGCAAAGGAGUCGUUUGGCCACGACUCCUCGCUUCUGCCAUUAUUCAAACAGAGUCGUUUCCACAUGCCUCCUGUUCGAUCCACUCUAAAGAUCAGACCCAGACCGUCUGCCGAUUUGAACGACGUUGAGUACAUCGGACCCGACAAAGUGCUCACCAGCCAGGAGGCCCAUAGACUCAUCAAGCUGUUUUUUGCAACCAUGCACCCGUUCUUCCCCUUCAUUCCGCAAGAGCUCCACAAACCAGAGGUGCUACCGGGCUAUCCCAUGCUGUUGUGCUCGAUAUUGACCGUCUCUUCGCGGUACCAUUCACUGGACACGCCAAACAGACACAUCGAGAUCCACGAACAGCUGUGGGUCUACUGUCAGCGACUCAUCAGUAUGACCGUCUGGGGAGAGUCUAGUAGCAGAAGUAUCGGGACUCUGCUGUCGUUCCUACUCUUCACCGAAUGGAACCCGCGCGCAAUCCACUUCCGAUGGGGCGACUACGCCAAUACACCGGAGGACGAGGCCCAGGAAGAGUACACGGGGCUCAGUGCCAUGAAACGGUCGGAGAUUAUGUCUUUCAUGCUUAUUGGAACAGCUACCAGACUCAGUUUCCUUUUGGACGAGCACCCGCUCACUUUCCUAGCAACACACAUCUCCGAGACCCAUUCGGCCAUCAACCUGAACAAACGGUCGAUGCUCUCACAGACACUUAGCGACGUUGACAUCAACGACCCCAACUUUGCUUUCAGUCUUCACCAAAAGGCAACCAUAGAACUUCUCCAGUUCACGUCGCUGUGCUACGAGUCGUUGUACGUGCACAACCCGAAGCUGGGUAGUCUUAAUAAACACCAGAACCUUGCUGUUCUCGAUAUCCUUUCUCCGUUGCUGGAGAACUGGUACAAGAAGUACCACAAACUGCUGAAACCGUCCACGCCGCACACAAUCAACGACAACUACGACGAGUUCAUCGUACAGGACUCGUCGGCCAAGAUCUACAAAGAGGUGAACCACCAGGUGGAGAAAGAGUCUCUAAUUUUGGAUUACUACUACGCAAAAUUGUAUCUCUAUUCGCUCGCCUUGAAUGACGACACGUCGAUGGGUCUUUCCAACACUUCCAAGAAAGGCCGCAGUCUGCGUCUGGACGAGCUGGCCAAGUACUCCCGGUACGUGGAGCUCGCUUAUAAAGCGGCCAAGGAGGUCAUCUCGGUGAUGCAGCGGGUGAACAGACUCAAGCUGCUCAAAUACAUGCCUGUCAGAUGGGUCACGCGAGUAAUUAAAGCCGUGGCAUUUAUUGUGAAAUGCUACCUGACUCUCACAACGCAUACGCCGGUCUCGCAGCCCGAGUCAGACCAGAGUGCCAGCGACAUCAUCAGACUGAGCAUCAUCCCAGUGGAAGAGAUUAUCCUGUUGCUCCAGAAAACAGCAAUCUGUUUGAGAGACGCUGCUCCCGACGAGCUCCACUUGUGCACCCGCUAUUCCACCAUCCUAAUGUACUUGUGCUCGCAAUUCAAGACUAAAGCAGUCAAGAAGACGGUGGUCGACUUUGAGGACGAGAUCAACAAGCAGGACGAGCCCGUUAGACCUCCGCAACCGCAGGCUCCAUCCCCGCCGAAUAUGGAAUAUCCGCAAUACCAAAACCCUGACCAGCAAGGCUUUGACGAUUACUUCACCAACCAAUCGGAAACGCUUUUCAACUGGUUCUCGUCCAACAACAACCCGGGUCUAGACUUUGUGGACCAGUUUACCAGAGAAAUUGAAAACGAGUUCUUGAAAACUGGAAUGAAUAAAUAG